CCUCCAUGCCUCACGCCAAGGCUCUUGUCCUGUCACCAGCCUGUCCUCGGGGGAAAGUGUGGAACGCCGACGUGCAAAUCUGUGUCUCCACGUGCCGCAUUGCCAGGGGAUGCCGGUCCAAUUACUGCAACAACGGACUCUGCUUGUGCCGGCCUGGUCUAGUCAUGCUCCCCGAUGGAAGAUGUGCCACCUCCAUGCCUCAAGCCAGGGCUCGUGUCCUGCCACCAGCCUGUCCUCAGGGGAAAGUGUGGAACGCCGACGUGCGAGUCUGUGUCU